CCAAGAGAAGGAAUGUCAAGUCUUUUUCUUGGACUCUAGAUCUUUCUCUAUAAUUCAUUAUUAUGAGAUUUAUGACUCAUGUAUGUUUCUAUAUAUUCUCAUCUUCACCCCAACACUCGUUCACAAUAUAGUGAACAAAGCUCACAGUCUAAAACCUUCAUAUAUAAUCUAACAGCUCUAACAUACAACAAACUUGUGACACUAUGGAAGAAGCAUACGGCGAGCUAAUCACAUGGGAAGGUUAUGUAGAUUGGAAGAACAAACCAGCCAUUAAAGGUCGUCAUGGUGGAAUUCUUGCAACAUUUUUUGUGUUAGUUGUGGAGGUACUCGAGAACCUUGCAUACUUGGCAAACGCGAGUAAUCUAGUGAUUUACCUGUCAAAGUAUAUGCACUUCUCUCCAUCCAGAUCGUCCAUCAUUGUAACAAACUUCAUGGGCACGGCGUUUCUUCUAGCACUUCUCGGUGGCUUCUUGUCCGAUGCUUACUUCACCACAUAUCAAGUGUUCUUCAUUAGUGCUGUAAUCGAGUUUAUGGGUCUUUUGAUACUCACUAUCCAAGCUCAUAUAGAGUCCUUGCAACCACCACCGUGUCCGCCGACCAAAUCGAGCAACGAAUCAUGCCGUGAAGUCACAGGUGGGAAAGCAGCCGUGCUAUUUAUAGGCCUAUAUUUGAUAGCACUUGGUGUAGGAGGGAUCAAAGGUUCGCUUCCACCACACGGAGCCGAGCAGUUUGAUGAGAAUACUAAAGAAGGAAGGAAGAAAAGAUCAACAUUUUUUAACUACUAUGUUUUCUGUCUUUCUUGUGGUGCUUUAGUUGCUGUAACCUUUGUGGUGUGGAUUGAGGAUAACAUUGGCUGGCAAUGGGGAUUCGGAAUUUCGACUUUAACUAUAUUGCUCGCUAUACCGAUCUUUCUACUUGGAUCCACUACUUACAGGAUCAAAGUUCCUGCAGGAAGCCCUUUGACAAUCAUCUUCAAGGUUUUGACAGCAGCAAUUUGCAACAAGCUCUUCCCAAGGAAACCAAGCAAUGCUGUCAUGAACAUGGAAACAAGCCCUCGAAUUACAGCUACCGAUGAGAUACAAACUUCAACAGCAACCGCGACAACAACAGCAACCGCGACAACAACAGAAACAUCUGAACUUAAGUUCCUAAACCAGGCAGUAACAAACAAUCCAGUCCAUCAGACACUAGACUGCUCAAAAAAACAAGUAGAAGAUGUUAAAAUUGUCAUGAAAACCAUCCCUAUUUUCGCUUCCACUAUAAUGCUAAACUGCUGCCUAGCUCAACUCUCAACCUUCUCAAUCCAACAAGCCGCGACAAUGAACACUAAACUCGGCUCCUUAAUAGUCCCACCGGCCUCUCUUCCAGUAUUCCCGGUUGUCUUCAUACUAAUACUCGCGCCUCUAUACAACCACAUCAUACUCCCACUAGCAAGAAAACUGACAAAAACCGAAAUGGGAAUAACUCAUCUACAGAGGAUUGGAAUAGGGCUAAUUAUGUCCAUUGUUGCAAUGGCAGUUGCAGCACUAGUCGAGACAAAAAGAAAGAAAGUUGCAGCUCAACGAGGUUUACUAGACUCAUCUGAGCCACUACCCGUAACAUUUCUAUGGAUCGCGCUACAAUUCUUAUUUCUAGGCUCUGCUGAUCUUUUUAGCCUAGCAGGUUUGUUGGAGUUUUUCUUUACUGAGGCUCCUAGAAGUAUGAAAUCAUUGGCUACAUCUUUCUCCUGGGCAUCAUUAGCAAUCGGGUACUAUCUAAGCUCGGUGUUAGUAGCUGUUGUUAAUCGAAUCACAGGAGUUUCCGGUCACACCCCCUGGCUUAAGGGAAGCAACCUCAAUCAUUAUCACUUAGAAAGGUUUUACUGGAUGAUGUGUGUGUUAAGUGGUGUGAACUUCUUGAACUACUUGUUUUGGGCUAGACGAUACAAGUAUCGAUCCAUGAAUCAUGGCUAGUCGUAUAUGAUCGAUUUGUAGCAGUUCAAAUUUAAUGUGAUUUAAUUCAUCUUGGAAGGUAUUAUGUUGUAGUUAUUAAUAUAAUGUAGGAAGUUCUUGAGAUUUUUAAGCAUGCAUGUUGUACUGAUUAUUAAGACAGUUAUGCAUGUAAAGUAUAUACGAGUACAAGGGUGGUUUUGAGCA